AUGUCUAAGAUUAAAGUGUACGUUCGUGUACGUCCCCCACUUCCUGGGGAAUUUGAUAUUCCUGGCUGUUUUGACUGUGCUGAGCUUGAGGAGAUCUCUGGAAAUUGGAUUCGCAUAAAGAAAGAGGGCGAGAGAAUUCGAUACUUCGCACGGGUGUGGGGCCCAAAGUCCACACAAGAAGAGAUAUUCCGUACGAUUGGCAUCCCUACUGUAAAGGAUGUGUUUGAGGGUUAUCACGGUUGUAUUUUUGUGUAUGGACAGACGGGAACGGGAAAGACAUUUACUUUAGGCUGUUUAACGGCAGGACUGGAGGGCAUUCAACCACAGUGUAUUCGAUUUAUAUUUGAGAAAAUUGCAAAGGAAAAGGAAAAGUAUGAAGUGACGGUGAAACAACAUUAUGUUCAACUCUAUCGAGAUGCAGUGCAGGAUUUACUGGAUAUUACAAAAGAUAAUUUAAAAAUUCGUCUAGAUGAUACCAUAGGGGCUACAAUAGAAAAAGUAACGAUUCGAGAAGUAAAGACAUAUGAAGAGUCUAUUGCAUUAGUUCAAGAAGGGGAUCGUAAUCGUAAUGUGGCCAAUACAAAAAUGAAUUCCGCCUCUUCUCGUUCACAUGCUUGUCUCAUUACAGAAAUAUGGCGUAAAGAUAAAAUAACAGGAAUUAUUACAUUUGGUCGAUUAUAUCUUAUUGAUUUAGCAGGAUCAGAACGUGCUUCCAAGUCUGGUGUCUCUGAUGCUGCCUUUAAAGAGAUGGUGGCCAUUAAUAAAUCUCUCAGUAUAUUAGGAAAUUGUAUUGCAGGAUUAGUGAAUGGAGAGAAAGUCAUCUCUUUUCGUGAAUCCCCACUUACACGUAUGCUUCAACACUCCUUAACAGGACAUGGACGAACUUCUAUUAUUGUGACGAUAAGACCAGAUAGUCCAAACAUGCAGGAAAGUCUUUGUACACUUAAGUUUGGAGAAAGAGCUCAAAAGGUGGAAGUGCAGAUGACUCCAGCGGGUUAUAGUGAUAAUGUUCUUGAGCUUGAAGCCCAACUGCGGGAAAUACAACGUAAGAAUAUUAUGUUAAAACAAAGAGCUUCUGCCUAUCGUCGAUGGGAGGCGGAAAUGAUCGCAGAGAUAAAUACAAAAGAAGCCGAAAUUGAAAAGCAAGAAAAGGGAUUUCAAAACACUGUGGAGAAUCUAAAGAAAGAACAUGCACGAGAAUUACAAGAAAUGGAAGAACAAUGGAAAAAGGAUGAGGCUAAUUUUAUUUCUACAGCUUCUAGUGAACUUGAAAAGCUGAGAGAAGAUAAUGCGGCUAUUAUAAAGGAAAUUGAUGAAAAGGUUGCCAAGGCUGAAAAAGAGUUUCGUGAAACCUUUUUACCUGCACAGAAACGCGUAGAAGAAGAACGAGAAAAACUUGUACUUGCACGUACUCAAGCUGAAAAAAUACUUGAAGAUUUACAAGAGAAAGAAUUAAGUGAAGAUCCCUAUGAAAAGGCACGACAAUUACAAGAAAACUAUACCAGUACUAUUGCAGAGCUAAAACAGAAACUUCGAGGUUGCCGUGAAACACGCUUUGGAGACCUAAAAACAGUGGAUGAAGUAGAGGAGAAACUUACUGAAUAUAGACUUACAUUACAAUAUAUGCAGGAAAGACUCUCACGGCUUAAGAGAAAAACAGAAAACUGGAAUGAACGAGAAAUUAAGAAAUUCCUUCACCGUGAAUACAAAGUACCUGAUAAGAAUGCACUACAUCAAUAUGUGGAAGGAUGUCGAGAAGUAUCUAUGGAACGAAAACGUGAGAAGGAAGAGGAAGAGGAGAAAGCAUUAGCAUUAGAAGCAAUGGAUAGUGCUAAUGAAGAUAGUAUACCCCCGCCUAGUGAUGAACCUCCACCAACAGACUCGGAUGUCUACUCUUCAGAUGACAGUGAAUACACAUACUCAACUGAUGAUGAAGAAGAGGAUGAGGAUGAUGAUGAUGAUGAUGAUGAUGAUACUAUGGACGAUUCAAGUUCUGAGGAGAAUGAAUCUGAAGAAGAAGAAGAAGAUGAGGAACCAAAUGAGCCUAUACCAACUGAAGAACUUUUUGAUGCAAUUCAAAAAGAACAACGUAUGAUUGAAAUGCUUGACAACUUUGCAAAGUAUGUGAUUAAAGGAACAGUAGUUUACAUAUUACAAAUAAGUAAUGAUGGAAAGCCGCCAUUAUUAGUUCGAUGCUUUAUGCAACUCACAUCCUCCUUUACUGCCAUUGUAGUAAGUGAGGUGAGUCCCAAUGGCAAAGAUGCUAUUAAGAAUCGAAAUCUAUUUAAGAUAGGGGUAAAAAAUAUUGUAAACAUACGACUUGGACAAAGUACACCGCUAUUUGUGAAGGCAUUAGAGUACGCACCAGUUAUUCCACAAGGUACUCAAAUGCCACCCACAAGUGAACGCUGUUCCCUAACUUCUCUUCGUGUGUUUGAAUGGCGAAGUAUGUCUCUCUUGGUAGCCGAACAGACAUCUCAUUUGGAAAGUAAAAGAGAAACUUCUACACUUGAUGUUGUGUUUAACACAAACUCUGAUUAUGAGGCAUGGAUCGUAACACUACACCGACUGACUUCACGAGAGCCACAAUGGUCUGGUCCAAUGGAUCUCAGCGGUGAAAUGGGAUGUGAGAAACUAUCAGAAAAAGAAGUAAAACUAUGUGAGACAAAACAUAUUAAACCUUCUGCGUUAUUGCGAGUAAAUGCGGAAUUACUUCAUAAUCCAAUAAAGAAAAGACGUCUUUUUGUAACUCUGUUUGACUUUCGCAACAUCUCAAAUCUAGAUCUUAUUCACGCUCAACAAGUGUUUCUUUUCUUUAUUGAGGAAGGAUAUGUCGAACAGCAUACAGUAAAUCAAAUUUGCUUUACACAAUUACAAAAUGAAAAGAAAUGGUUAAAGGAAAAAAGUGCACAAGUUCGUGCGAUCCGAAUACGACUUGUUAAUAUGCUACGGUAUUAUAAAAAUGCUAACUUUACGCAUAUUCAACGAUUUCUAUUCUCUACACAGGGAAAAGAAGAAGAAUUUCUCGAGAAACUGAUAAAUACAUUAGGUCCUGAGCCAACAGAGGAACAGUUACAGUUGUCUACCAAGAAAGAAGAAAGUGGAAAAAAUACAGAAGAAAUGGUAGAUGAGGUUACAGAUGAACUCAAAGAGAACAAACCGACAAAAGAAGAAUUGGAAUUAUCUGAAGAAGAAAAUCGAUCAAAGACGGAGUUGCAACAAAUUGUGCAAAUACAAAAAGAACUAGAAAAUACUGUUAGGAGGCAACUUCAACAAUUACAACCAAAGAAAGAAGAUAAUACACAGAAAAACAGUUGA